AUGCAAUUAAACUCCAGAGCUAUUUUUAUAUAUGGACCCAACAUAAGUAUUAUUAAAUUUAAAUUAAAUUCCACAGUCUAGUUGAAACCCAUUAAAAAUUACUAUCGUAAUUUUUACUUUCAAGUAAUAUCCCAUUCGAUUCUCUAUCAAAAUUUAUCUCAGAAUUCCUUAGCUUUGCUUAAAUAUUCCAUAAACGAAGAAUAUUUAAUUGGAAUAAGUAUAAUUAAACACAUCAAUAGAAUUGCCAAUAAAGUUUGGAUCAUAGAUUUUAGUCCAUAAUAAAAAAUCUUUAUAACUAUUAGGAUCGUCAGAUAUUUUUUAUUUGACAUUAUUAUUUCCUAUGGUAUAAUUAUCUAGUCUUAAUAUUUAAUAUAUACAAGGACAUGUAUUGCAAAAUCCAUUAAAGCACAAUGGUUCAAUAGAAUCGCAUUUUGAUCUACAUCCAACAUUUUUAACAUAAAAAAAAUCUGAUAGACAUGGAGGACAAAUAUUAUUAGUUGGUGUUCCAAAGUAACAUGUCGUACAUUAAUUUUAUUUAGGUCCUGUACAACUACUGCAUGAAGGAUAGCAAAUUACAUCAUAAUACAUUGAAUAUAUGUUUCUAAUUGAGACCUAGCCCUCUGCAUUUUAAUUUUCAAUUUCAAAUUAAAAAUCCCCAUAAAUAUUAUAAGGUAUUGUAAAAUUAACUGUUUUGAUAUCAUAUAAAAUAUCAUCACAGAAUUAUCUAUUUAGUGAAUAGGUUUAGGGUGAAUUAUAAUUAUA